AUGCAACUAACUGAUACAAAUGCUGAUCCCGAGCUUCCAAAUAUCCAAUACACCCAACACUACCUUCGUUCGAUAAUCAUUCAUUCAAUAGAUACUUUCAAUUAUCAAAAUGCUGAAUUUGCCAGUGAGCGACUAUUAGCUCAAACUCCACUCAAUUUAGAUUCAAUUUACUUAUAUUGUCUUACAUUAUACCAUCAAUCUAAAUUAAAAUCAUGUUAUCGCAAACUAAUUGAAGUGAAUAACGCCUCAAAUUUAAAUCAUUUGGGGUGUAGUUAUAUAUUUGGCAAAUGUUGUUUACAAUUGAAUAAAUCGAAAGAUGGGAUAUUCCAGCUAUUAAAAGUGAAGAAUUUGUAUAAUGGAGAUGGCGAACGGAUAAAUUUGGAAAUGAGAUUUGAUUAUGAAAAUGGCCGAAGCAUAUUGCCUGAUGCAUCACUGAUGUAUCAUUUAUUGGGUGAUUUGUAUCAUAGUGUCGACGAUAUUAAGAAUAGCUGUUUGAAUUAUACUCAAUGUUUGAAAUUGAAUCAAUUUGAUUUCGAAGCGUUUCAGAAAUUAUGUAAGAUGGGGGUGGAUAUGAAGGUGAAGAGUUUGUACAAGAUGCAAAAAGAUGGUCAUGGACACAUGGAACAAGUGGGGAGAGAGGAUAUACUACAACAACAGUCGCAGCAAUCACAGCAGUUUAAAACUCCACAGGCGCUAGGGACUCAUGAUAUACCUGAUUUGACUAAUCCAUUCACAGAUAAAAAGAACGCAGUAACUAGUUCCACCACGAAGAAUCCACUGAACACUCCCACGAUACAUGUUGAUGAAUAUAAUUUCUCAACACCGAGAAUUAAGACAGCAACUGUCCCCGAUGCACCAUUAAAAAAAUCGAAUUUGAACACUGGGUCUCAUGCAAAUCAUCAUGAUGUAAGCAAUACCACAAUUGCUAAUAAUACAUUUGAAUUUGUUAAGCCGAACACCACCGGUGCAUACCCAGAAGGAGGAGGCAAAAAACGUGGGAGUCGAGUGUAUUCUAAAAUAACCUCGCGAUUGAUUUCUCAACCCUCAUCACAUGCUACAAUAAAUAACCCUAACGAAACCCCCAAUAACAACAACAAGAAAAAUUUGAAACGUAACAACUCCAUUACUUCAGAUGAUAGUAGUACUGGUGGAACUGGGUUGGCAUCAGCAAUGACAACAAGUUCCUCCAUAGCAUUCUUGAAAGAGAUUGAGAAAAGUGAAGCAUAUCUUCUUCAUCUAUAUCUGAUUUUUGCCAGAAGUUUCAAACUCCUAUCCAAUUAUGAUUGUUAUAAAGCAAUCAAGCUUUUAGAAAUUGAUAUACCUCAACAAGAACGAGACACGCCUUGGGUAUUAAGUAAAUUAGGUAAAUUACAUUAUGAAGUGAUGAAUUAUAAACAAUCAGAACAAUAUUUUAAAAAAUUACGGAAACUUGAUCGAGCUAGAUGUGAAGAUAUGGAAGUUUAUUCAACUUUGCUUUGGCAUUUACAUAAAAAAGUUGAACUUACAUUUCUUGCUAAUGAAUUACAUGAUAUUGAUCCAACUAGUCCUAUUACUUGGUGUACUAUUGGAAACUUGUUCUCCUUGACUCACGAACCUGACGAAGCUAUACGUUGUUUUAAUAAAGCGAUAAAGUUAAAUGAUAAAUUCACUUAUGCUCAUACUUUAAAAGGACAUGAAUAUUUCGCUAAUGAUAAUUAUGAAAUGGCAAUGGAAAGUUUCCGAUUGAGCUUGUUGUUGGAUCCACGUCAUUUCAAUGCCUUAUACGGAAUCGGAAUGAUUUAUAUGAAUCUAGGCGAAUAUCAAAAAGCCGAUUAUCAUUUCCGUAAAGCGAUUUCAAUAAAUCCCAUCAAUAUUAUUUUGAUCUGUUGUGUUGGUAUGGUUUUGGAAAAAUUGAACAAGAAGCCAAUGGCUUUAAAACAAUAUGAAUUGGCAUGUAAAUUACAACCCACUAAUCCAUUACCCAUUUUCAAAAAGGCGCAACUAUUGUUUAGUUUACAAAAUUACCCAUUAGCAUUAAAGAAUUUUGAAAUUUUGAAAAAUAUUGCUCCUAAUGAAGCUAGUGUUCAUUUUCUUUUGGGACAAUUGUAUAAUUUACAACAGGAUAAAUAUUCGGCGAUUAGAGAGUUUACCAUUGCUUUGAAUUUGGAUCCAAAGGGUAAUUAUUUAAUUAAGGAGGCUAUGGAGUCGUUAAAUGGGUGA